CAAUGACACCUCCAUUUGCAUUCGUUAUGCUGGAUACUGUUUUUUCUUGCUCGGGUGGAGUUUUUAUUACUGUUGUCUUUUUCACAGAUCCAGUUAUAGCGAACGUCUUGAGCUCUACCUACAAAGGAUGGUACACAAAAUAUGUAGAAGAAUAUACACUUAUACCUGCGGAUGGUUGUGUGCCCCUCCAAAACGAUAGAUUCAUGACUGCAAACUCUACAAGUUCUUCCCUCGUCUUUGAAAAUGAAAUGCCCUUCAUACUUACAAACAGCAUGCCCAAGUGUUCCUUGAAGGAGCAUACAGGCGGUGCUAUGCCUCAUGUAGGUCUACUAACAACUGCUGAAUUCACGAGCGACAGCAAAAAUCAAUUUAGACACGCGACAAAAAUGACACCCAUGCGGAAGUUUCGUCUUUUACAUCGUGAUUUUACAGACAAUUCGCAAAGAAAUCGAUUAAAUUCAACAGUAGUAUCAACUAUUAUACCUCCACGCGCAAUCAUAGCCAGAAACGGUCGCCACUUUCAACGACAUCAGCAACAAAUGCACUCUUUAAUACCUUUGAUGUCACCCGACCUCCACAAUAUCUAUAUACCCUACAGAUUUCCUUCGAUCGCAACAUAUAUACAUAAUGUAUUAGUAGCAUUGGAUCGGUUUCGAACAUUUAAAUUGAGAAAAAGAGAAGAGCACUUUGCAACUGACCAAAGCAAUAGAAACCGAGAAUCGCAAUUUAGAGAUAACCGCCAGAAACAUCCGAACCAACAUUAUUCACUAUCUAAAGAUCGUCAAGAGUCUAAUAUUACUCUAUGUAUCAACCCUACUGAGUGCACCACUGCUACAGAAACUGUUAGUAAUAAUAAUCUUGAUCAGACGCUCACUAAUAUACCCUUAGUUAUGUAUAACAAUUUGCAUACUUCAGCAAUUACUUCACCUCUUAUUGAUGUUAAUUAUAAUCGUAAUAACGACCGUUGUUCGGUUGACUCUAUGACUGAGUCAAUCUAACUUGAUCAAUUAAACGGCAACCAUAGAACUAAUGUGUAAUACCAUCUAUGAUACCAAGCCUCUUCCUACUGAGAAAUAAAGGCAAC